AUGGAAAUCCCUGUGAUCAGCUACCUAAACGAAUUCGAGCUCUCAAUACCGAACUCAUACUUGCUUUCUCAAGUUCUUUCGGUUUCUGGGUUUGAAGCCUCCAGCAUUUGGAAAGUGGGCGCCUUGAUUCUCGCCAUAGUCGCAUCUUUUAGCACCAUAGUGAACGGAAUCAAGGUUUUCAUUCUCAAAAUCAAGAGAGAUAAUUCGAUAGCUUCGGAGCCUCUUUUGAAAUUCGUUGACGACUAUGAUACCGACAGCGAAGGCGAAACUUGUUCGUCAUUUUCUGACGAUGGAGAAGAAGAUGGCGACGACGAAGAACCCGAAUCGCAUCGGAGUCAACCAGUAGAUGAAGAUUUCCGGGUGGCAGGUGGUUCGGAUCAUUAUGUGGAAAGCUACGAGGAGAAUCGUAAAUCGAAGUUCCGACGUCGGUUCUCCUGGGCGGACUUUGCCGGCGGAAGUAGCGUCGUGAAGCUGUGGGAUAAUCUGGGCUUGGGAUUAGACUUCAACGACGACGAUGAUGACUCUGCAGAAAGUUUGAUCUCUGUUUACGACACCAACAAGGAGUCGAGAAUCAGUUCUGUGUUCGGUGGGAAGCCGGUAGCUGCGUCCACAUCGCCGUCGGUGGUCGUGAUGGCGAGUAGGGAGAACGGGUCCAGAGACGGCCUAUCGCUGAGGCUAUGGGACACGCGCGUCAGAUGUCGGAUACCGGCGAUGCUCGGCCAGUGGCGGCCCCAGCUGGGAAAGAUCGUCGGCUUAGGAUACGGCGGCUUCGAGAAGAUCUACGUCAGGGAUGACGCCACCGGUGACCUGACGGUCGGGGACGUGAGAAAAGUCAGCUCGCCGUUAGGGAACGUAACGAGAUCUGACAUGGAUACCUGGUGGGACGCAGACGCCGUUAUUCGCCAUGACGUGUUUUACGACGAUUAA